UGGGCGGGGCGGAAGGGCAACGGCUCGCCUCUUUCUCCCUCCAGCUGAGGCGCAGUUGGCGCGUCCCCCGCUCCUCCUCCCCCCCCGCUCGGUUCUGCGGGGAAGACGAAGCCGAGCAGGAGAGCAGGCGGCGGAGGCGGCGGGUGCUGGGCUGACAGGACAAUGGCGCUGCUCCCCUCGGCACGGAACCCCCUGCUGCUGCCUCCGGCCCGAAGAGGGCGCCCGAAGGCCCGGGGAGGCGCCCAGCCCAGCGUCAGUUGUAGCCGCCUUCGACAAAUUCAGAACAUCCUGACGCAGAGCAGCAAAUCCCAGCCAGAUGGAAUACUGUGCAUUUUGGGGAUUGACAGCCGGUACAACGAGGGCUGCCGGGAACUGGCAAACUACCUUCUCUUUGGCUUGUACAACCAGGGCAACAAUGAAUUUGAAAGAUCGGGGUUUCCUGAAGAGGUCCUUGACGAUGUGAUCCUACUAGUAAAGCCAGACAGCGUCCAUCUCUAUUGCAACCCUGUCAACUACAACUACCUUUUGCCAUAUGUAGCAUUCUGGAGAAACUUGCAUUUCCACUGCCUGACUGAAAACGAGUAUGAAGACGAAGAGGCUGCGGAGGAAUUCAAAAUUUCCAGCUUCGUAGACAUGGUUCGUGACUGCAGUCGAAUCGGCAUUCCCUUCAGCUCACAAGGACAUCUGCAGAUAUUCGACAUGUUCAUUGUUGAAAAGUGGCCGAUCGUGCAGGCCUUUGCCCUGGAAGGAAUUGGCGGCGAUGGCUUCUUCACAAUGAAAUAUGAGCUGAUGGAUGUCAGUGUGGACUUGUGGAAAACGUACAGCAAGAUUGAUCCUGUUUCUCUGGAGAGUUUGCUUUACGAGGAUUUGAUGACUUUCGAACAUCAGUGGACCAAUUUCUUUGCCAAUUUUGACACUGAAAUCCCUUCCAUCCUGGAGCUGUCAGAGUCACAGGCAGGAGAGCCAUUCCGAAGUUACUUCAGCCAUGGAAUGAUUUCCAGCCAUAUCACGGACAACAGCCCCAGCAGGCAGCCAUUUGUCCUGUUUGGCACCCAUUCCUCAAAAGAGAACCUGAACUCUGGCAACUUCAAUUUCCCUUCCGAGGGCCACCUGCUUCGCAACACUGGGCUUGGCGGGAGCACGGCCAAGCACAUGGUUGUGCAGUGUGUCUCUCCAAAGGGACCUCUGGCUUGCUCCAGGACCUACUUCUUUGGCGCCACUCACACACCUUACCUUGGCAAUGACAAUGAGAUGGAAAAGAAAGCCGAACAAGUCAAGCUGCUCUCUCAAAUCUAUGCUGCUGCCGUAGAGGCUGUCCUGGCUGGUAUAGACUCCUAUUCAAGAACAUCCAAUACCAGCAAGGCAAAGGAAGUAGCCGAGCAAACGUUCUUCAGUUUCCUCGAUGCCUUUGAACUGGCUUACUUUAAAACUCCACUGCGCACCAGAAUAAAUUUUCAGAUUCAAGCUGUGAACAACCAUGGAAGAAUUAUUCCGCUGGAUAAUGAGGACAGCCUCUACUUAGUGAAAACAGUGUCCAUGACAGUAUAUGACAUUCCUGACUUGCUUGGCGGAAGAGGCUGCCUUGGGUCGGUGAUCUUCUCAGAAUCAUUCCUGGCGUCACAAAUUCUUGUGAAAGAAAAAGAUGGCAGCAUUAGCACAGAAACCAGCUACGUCAUUCUCACUGCAGCUAUCCCGAGAUCUGUUUCUUGGCUGGUUGAAGAUAACGAAGUGAAACUGUCGGAGAAGGCCCAGCGAAUCCUGAAGGAAGAAGAAUCUUUCCUGGGAACCUUCCUGACGGGAGGUGACGGAGCCUAUAUUGCUUCCAGCAAUUCCCUGUGUAGACCAGAGGAAGGCAAGCUCUAUUUCUUCUCAGAGGGCCUUCUGUUUUGCCACCCCCACUACGGAAGCAUCCCCAUUUCCAAGUCUCACAUGACAUCCAUCAGGUUCUACGAUGGGGACUCUACGAGUGUGGUUGCCGCUCUCCUUAUCGACUACAAGAGCUCCUUGCUUGCUCACCUGCCGGUCCAGCUCCACACUCCAGGCAACUCUCUGAUGAUCGCGCUUUUCCCAAAGUCAAAGCUUUAUAAAGCUUUCUACUCACAGGUCUGCUCUGUCUGGCAACAGCGGGGGAAUUCGGGAGUAACCUUGAAGAUGACCCAGGAUGGCUGCCUGCCUGUAGAACAGGAGAAAUUGCAUACCAGCAUGCAGAAGCUUUUCACCGUCAUGUCCUGUCCCCCCGGAGAAAGAUGGAGCCAGCUGAGAAUAUCGGUCAGCCUCCCAGAUCUGGACAGAUUUUUACAGCACUUUACAGUCAGCAGCGUAAGCCGAGAGCCAGUGAUGAGAGCCCAUUUGCCAACGUUGCUGCAGCAGUCCAAAACGCUUCCUGACAACGAGGCGGAGAAUGAUAAGGUGGUGAUCACCAUCUUAACUGGCCUCCCGGGAUGUCGCUCGAGUGAUCUCUGUUCUUUCCUGGUCACUUUUAACAAAGAAUAUGGAAGGUGGCUUGUUUAUCGCCAGACCAUGGACAGCCCUGAAUGUUUCAGCGCAGCUCAUUUCCAGCGGUUCCUGGCAAGCGUCCUUGAACCCCAGCACAGCCGGAGUGCCCGUCUCUCGGCUUACAGUAGGAAGAAAGUGCGGUUGCUGGUGGUUCUGCAAGGAUACACAGAUGUGAUUGACGUUGUCCAGGCCCUCCAGACUCACCCAGACGCUGACGUGAAGGCUGCUUUCGUCAUUGGAGCCAUCAGUACUUGCAUAGAGCCACUGAGUUGCUACAUGGAACACAGGCUUCUUUUCCCCAAGUUCCUGGACCAGUGCUCACAAGGUUUGGUGAGCAACGUGGUCUUCACAAGCCAUACAGCCGAGCAGAGACACCCACUCCUUGUUCAGCUCCAGAACCUCGUCCGAGCCGCGAACCCCACCGUUUCGUUCAUCCUGGCAGAAAACGGGGUCGUGACCAGGAAUGAAGACAUCGAACUAAUCCUAUCUGAAAACAGUUUCUCAGCUCCGCAGAUGCUGACGACUCGCUACUUAACAUACCCUGGCUGGUACGAGGGCAAAUUCUGCGCAGGUUCCACCUUUCCUCCGAUGGUUCAGAUCUGUGUGUGGUUUAACCGUCCUUUGGAGAAAACACGAUUUGUGGCCAAGUGUAAAGCCCUGAAGUCCUCCAAUAAGUCAAGUCCUUUCUCUGGAAACGUCUACCACAUUUUGGGGAAAGUUAAGUUUUCAGAUUCAGAUCGGACAAUCGAGGUCUGCCACAACACCUCGUCCAACUCCUUAAGCCUGGCGCCUGUUCAGGAAGGGCCAACCCCGUUCCCUCCUCCUGAUUCAAGAAACGAGAGCCGAGACCACAGCGGGCCUCAGGAGCACUUCCUGGUCUUCGUCGGCUGCUCCCUCAAGGAGGACGACAUCAAGGACUGGCUGAGGCAAACUGCAAAGCAGAAACCACAGAGGAAGGCUCUGAAAACCCGGGGCAUGCUGACCUCGCAGGAGAUCAAGAACAUCCAUGUGAAACGCCACUUGGAUCCUCUUCCAGCUGGCUACUUCUACAACGGGACGCAGUUUGUGAAUUUCUUUGGUGACAAGUUGGAUUACCAUCCACUGAUGGAUCAGUUCAUGAACGACUACCUGGAGGAGGCGAACCGUGAGAUUGAAGAGUACAACCGAGAGCUUGAGGAACUGGAGUUCCACGACCUCUUUGAGCAGAAGACCUAAGCGAGACCCCUGCCCGCCUGUGCCAAGGCACACAACCCUUGAUGAGAUGGGGGCAAAACGUCAGUGACCAAGAAACGCUUUUUGUCCUUGCUGGCUAACAGGAAAAUGAAAUCAUCCGUUUUUCAACUAUUCUUCUAAUAUUUAGCUUCCAUUCAUGUAAAGUUGGCCUUUUUUCUUUUCUUUUUAAAGAAAUGCCUGAUGCACUUCCACGUUAAUUUUGAGCUCUUGGCCCUUGAAUUCUCUGGCUUACAGUGGAAAGGAGAGGUGUGGCUUGCUUCUUGUUUUAAAUUACAAAGCUGCAUUUCCUAGUACAUGAAGCUGGUCCUGACCAUAGUUUUCUGACAUCCCACAAUUGCCCCUCUCCAAAUUGCCCCUGGUGUGUUCCUAAAGCGAGAAAUGGGGGAACACGUAAGCUCUUGAGGGCUUCUCUUAACCAGCAUGGUGGUUUUUGGGGUGUUCCUAAAGCGAGAAAUGGGGGAACAUGUAAGCUCUUGAGGGCUUCUCUUAACCAGCAUGGUGGUUUUGGGGGUGUUCCUAAAGCGAGAAAUGGGGGAACACGUAAGCUCUUGAGGGCUUCUCUUAACCAGCAUGGUGGUUUUUGGGGUGUUCCUAAAGCGAGAAAUGGGGGAACAUGUAAGCUCUUGAGGGCUUCUCAUAACCAGCAUGGUGGUUUUGGGGGUGUUCCUAAAGCGAGAAAUGGGGGAACACGUAAGCUCUUGAGGGCUUCUCUUAACCAGCAUGGUGGUUUUUGGGGUGUUCCUAAAGCGAGAAAUGGGGGAACACGUAAGCUCUUGAGGGCUUCUCUUAACCAACAUGGUGGUUUUUGGGGUGUUCCUAAAGCGAGAAAUGGGGGAAUACGUAAGCUCUUGAGGGCUUCUCUUAAGCAGCAUGGUGGUUUUUGGGGUGUUCCUAAAGCGAGAAAUGGGGGAACACAUAAGCUCUUGAGGGCUUCUCUUAACCAACAUGGUGGUUUUUGGGGUGUUCCUAAAGCGAGAAAUGGGGGAACACGGAAGCUCUUGAGGGCUUCUCUUAACCAGCAUGGUGGUUUUUGGGGUGUUCCUAAAGCGAGAAAUGGGGGAACAUGUAAGCUUUUGAGAGCUUCUCUUAACCAGCAUGGUAGUUUUUGGGGGUGUUCCUAAGGUGAGAAAUAGGGGAACACAAAUCCUAAAGUGAAAUUUGGUAUCACACUUGCAGUUUCUGUGACUGUACUUUUGCUGUAAAACAGAACGUCUGUGCUUCCGUUUGGUACAUUAGCAGCAACGUGCCAGUUUGUUCCAGGCUGAAAUAAGAGCAGCAGUCACUUCUUGAGUGUUAAGAGUUCUACUUGAGUAUUAAGAGCACACCAGAGAGUGUUUCCAGUAAGUCUCCAAGAUGCACAUCUUUGCAGUGUUGGGAAAGGCCAGCUUGGAUAAAAUGCUUACCGCUUUUGGGCAGGAUGGGACUGUUGCCCGCUAGAUGCAUUGGCUGUCAUGUUGGCACAGCUUCUGUGUGUGCGCUGGAGUCAGACCCCGUGUCUUGAGUCUUCUGUGUGGUUCUGGCCUGUGCAUAUUACUCCUGUGUAGACCCAGCGCAUGCACGAAAGACGGGCCUGGAGGUACAAACCCCGCAAUCUGGCCGCCCGGUGACGGUUUGCAUGUGUGUCCGCUGCGGAGUCCAAACCACAUGAAAGCAGUUGCUUGGUGGUUUUCACGCCGGCUGUGGCAUCCUGAUAAUUGAAGGCUGAAGGGCAGGAUCUCCUCCUUCUCUGCAAUAUGUGCAUCUUGGUAGCUGGAGCGAUUCAAAGCCCCGCCUCCUGAGAGGCGCUUCUAAAACUCAAGUAGAAAAGGAAGCGUGUCAAAUCAACCUGCUUUAUCCAUCGGAAAUAACAGGAACACGGCUGGACUCCAAAAGCUGAGCUGGCCUGGGGCUUCCUAUAAAAACUUGAUGCAAAAUUCUUAAUCUCCAGGAGAUGAUAAAGAGAGGGAGCCUCGUUGGGUAGUGUACUCUGUAUCCCCAGUUGAGCAUCUUUCACUCCUGGUGGAUUCCAGACAACUCAUCCUUAGAAAAAGAGACCCAGCUUAGCAUUCUACGUAACACAGCUUAAAUUUUGAAUGUUUUCAUAGGUUUUCAUUAUGCCUGUUGAAGUUUCCCCCCCCUCCCUAGCCUAAAUUACUGUUGCACUCCAUAGGCCCUUGAACAGGCAUGAAGCGGUUUCCGUAAAACUGAAGGCCGGCUUUUUUUCCUUGUUGACUAAAUAUUAUUUUAAGCUUUCUGUGGGGGUCGUAAAUGCCCAUACUACAGGCAAUAGGGCAUCCUCCUAAGGAUUGUGAAUUUAUCUAUGCAUGACCGUUACCUUAGUUAACUCUUGGAAUAAUAUACUGAUAGUGCCUGGUAGUAUAAAUGGUAGCUAGAAAAUUAAUUUUGGAGGAGGAGUUGGUGCGUUUGAGCUAAGCCAGCUCGGCUGGAACAUGUGAAAAGGUAAGGUGUCCUCUUCAAGUGGCUCCCACAGCGAGCAGGGGGGACCUUACUCCGUACGCUUUGAGACAGGAACCAAUUUCUGAAUCAUCCCUCCAGAAAACAAAGAGCAAUACCGAGAAGCAACUUCUCAGGAGCUAGUGCACAGGUUGGCAUGAGUGUAUUGAGUGACUGUGGACCUGUGUUAUCCUGCUCCUCAGAUGAAGAGCAUGGUGCGUAGGCCCCCAGGGCUACACAAUCUCUGCUGUCUUCCUCCCCCUUUGGAGCUGACCUCUUCCAUGGAAGCCAGCAAGAAGCCGUCAUGGGCCAAGAGGGCUCCGAGUGGGUGGAUCUGUGCCCAAUCUCUGGCAGAGUCCAGGUCCAGAAUAUAGUCCUGUCAAGAGCAAGACUUAUUAGCAAAGAGAGAUUCUUGCAAAAGGAAGCCAAGUAUCGGUUGCUGGAGGUGGCACACCGUUUGCCCCUCUUGUGGCUGGCUGACUGGCAAAUUUAAAGUCCUUCUCUGGUGAUAAGAGUUCAGGCAGCAAAGCCUGGCUUUCCAGGGGGAGCAUUGAAUUCUGCUGUUGCCUCUGACUUGCUUCUCUGCUCUUAAACUCCAGAUUUCUAACAUGUGCUCCUUUGUGUAUCCGGCCCAAACGAUACUGUUGUCGAGUGUAGCAAGUAUUAAAAAGCAUGCCAAAGGCAAAGCACCUUCAAAUCAGCCACAGCUCAAUCGCAUAAGCCAAUCAAGAAUUGGGAUGUCUGGAGUUUUCUGGAGGGAUAAAAUGUCAAAAUGUGCUGGGCCACGAUCCACUGGAAACCUUCCCUCUUGCAAGGCUCCAAAUUGAUGCCAGUGAGGGUUUCCUGGUGGAUUGCGCCAAAGCUGAUGGGCGGAGAGGGUAUUAAGCAACUCCCCCCUCCCCCGUCAACAUAAUUUAGUGCAGACCCCAAUUGCUCCUCCCUCUUUAGUUUAGAUUGUCUAAUGAUCUGCAAAAGCCAUAUAUAGAGAUAACCGCGUUUGCUACGCAGCUUCUCGAAGGUGAGGCAAACGGCAACUUGGAUGCAUUGCCUCACCUUCUUCGUGGAUAAUGAUCAUAGAUUUUAAGUGCAAUUGUUAUUAAAAUAGGUGAAGAGAUUGUAGCUUACUUAGCUCUGCUGAACUCUGAAAUUUACAAAACAGAAGGGGCAGAUCCCGAAGGGCAGAUCCUCCGGCAACUGGUUCCAACCAUUGCCUUUUUCAGCCACGAGAACUGCUUUUGCAAGAGACUCACCCGGCUGCCCCAAGAAUUUGCUUCAGGGCAAUCCCAUGCCUUGCAGCUGUAGACUUGUAUGGCACAAUGCAGCAAGCAGCAUCCGGCACGCACAACUUCCUCCGUGCCACUGCAUGCCAUCCAGACCUUUGGGCUGGGGCUGGCGGAAGUUGGGAUCCCACAGCACGCGGAGGCCUCAAACCAGGAAGAGCUGCUGGAGAUCUUCCUCCUUGGCUGCCUCUAGGGGUUUGCAGAAAAUAGGCUGAGCCUCUGCAUUCAAACAGCUUCCCGGUUUGGUGAUAUCCACCAUGUGAAAUGAUUUCUGUAGCAGCCACAGAAGAUGUGCUGGCCUUAAAUGGGCAGCUCCCUUUUGAGCAGGCAUCAGUGAGGCACCAGGAACGCUCUUGAGAGCAAUCCUCACAUUGAGAAGCUCAGGCACCUCAUUUCAGUGCAGUUCAGUCGCUGCUGCGCAGGCAGGGAGGCUGCCUCGGCCAGUCAGGAGGACCGCAGGGCGGACUGGGAGGAGGAGGAGGCUGCUAGGUUUGUUUCGCCCCUCCAUUCUUUUCCGGGGCACCAAAUCGGCUGUUUGGGGAGUUGGCACAGGGCCAAUGCCCUAGGCUCCAUCCCAUGACUUGCCAACGGCUGUUGGGCAAGCUUCCAAAGGGACCCUUUCUGCUUUUGGACCCCCCUACACUGUGGGGGCCAAGCAGGAAUGGCCGAGGUGUGUCUGUGUGUGGACUCUCCCACCCAUCCCAGUGGGACUGCACAGACAAGUCAGAGUUUUAGCAGAACAGAGGCAUGGUAGAGAGAGACAUAUAUAUAUAUAUAUCUAUAUGUAUACGUUGUACUGCAUGCUAAGUAAGAACAAUACCCCUGUAAUAACUACAAAGGCCUUUCACCAUUCUGGUACUGCGAUGACUUCUAUUUUGGUAUUGACGAAAUUUUCUCGAUUACCUCAAUUUUCUUAACGUUCAACUGUGAUUUUUUU